AUGGCGCUUAAACUCGAUAUGAGCAAAGCAUAUGAUCAAGUUGGGUGGUCAUUUCUUGAGGCUAUGCUUAUUCGGAUGGGUUUCCAUCUGCAUUUUGUGAAGCUAAUCAUGUUCUGCGUUUCUACAGUUAAUUAUAAUGUCACAUAUGGAGGAAGAACAAUGGGUCCUAUAACUCCGGGGAGAGGGGUUAGGCAGGAGGAUCCAUUAUCUCCUUAUCUCUUUCUGGUCUGUGCUGAAGGUUUCUCCUCAAUGUUGAAACAUUAUGAAAGAAGAAGUUGGUUAACGGGAUGUAAAGUUGCAAGGGGUGCUCCUCGUGUCUCCCAUGUGCUAUUUGUGGAUGAUAGUUACGUAUAUUGCAAGGAUAAUGAUAAUGAAGCUUUGAAUGUGCUACGAUUACUUCAUGAUUAUGAAAGGGAGUCUGGGCAGCAAGUUAAUUAUGCUAAAUCAUCAAUAUUUUUCAGCAAAAAUACUAAUGAGGGGACUCGAAAUAGAAUGUGUGUUGCGUUGGGAAUGGUUGAAGCUUCUGAAAAUAGCUUAUACUUGGGUUUGCCUUGUACCAUGGGGAGAAAUAAAAAUGCAAUCUUUGGUUUUCUUAAGGAUAAAAUGCAGAAGAAAAUAUUUAGUUGGGAGAGCAAAUUUUUGUCUAAAGCGGGAAAAGAAAUCUUGUUGAAAUCUGUGGCUCAAGCAUUACCUUUCUAUGCUAUGGGUGUAUUCUUACUUACUAAGGAAAUUUGCUCUAGUUUGGAAGGAAUGAUGUCAAAAUUUUGGUGGGAAUCUAAAUCUAGGGCUGCUACUAAAGGAGUGAGUUGGAUGAGUUGGAAGCGUCUUUGUCGACAUAAAAAUGUGGGGGGUAUUGGCUUUCGAGAUCUUAGAGACUACAAUCUUGCCUUUAUUGGAAAACAAGAAUGGAGACUAUUGACGAAUAAAGACUCUCUGAUUAGCCAAAUCUAUAAAGCUCGGUAUUAUCCUACAUGA